CGGCGUGAGGGGGGGGGGCGGUGUUGGAAGUUGCGGCGGAGCUGGGACCGGAGACCCGCGGCCCCCGCGCAGCGAUGGGGAUGGUCUGAGCUCCAGCCUCUCCCCCUGCCCGAGAGCAGCCGAGGCUGGAUACAUUUUUAAAAAGCCAAACUGCAAACAACUCUGGCGAUGCCAAAAUUCCCCUCCAAGUGACACGGCUUUGCGAAGGAGGUUUCCUCAGGCUGGGCUCUUUCUCUCAUUUCCCUCUGCCUUCCUCAGCGACGAUAAAAGGCUUCUCUCUGGCAAUAGGAAUUUAGAAAAAAAAAGAAAAAAGAAAAACCUGCGCUAAACUCGAUCGUGACCUCAAACUCUUUGGACUGUUUUUAUUUUUUUUUUUAAAAAAGAAAUAUAUAUAUAUAUAUAUUGGAAGACAAUCCAUCCUCACAGAAAUCGGCAUAGGAGGAGAUGGAAGUUUUCCCCUUGCUCUUGGUUUUGUCCGUCUGUUGGUCUCGAACCUGGGACUCGGCGAAUGCGGAUUCGAUCAUUCACAUCGGAGCAAUUUUUGAUGAAUCUGCCAAAAAGGAUGAUGAGGUGUUUCGCACAGCAGUUGGUGACCUAAACCAGAAUGAGGAAAUCUUACAGACUGAGAAAAUCACAUUUUCAGUGACAUUUGUUGAUGGCAACAACCCUUUUCAAGCAGUUCAAGAAGCCUGUGAACUUAUGAAUCAAGGCAUCUUGGCCCUGGUCAGCUCCAUUGGCUGCACGUCAGCAGGGUCCCUCCAGUCUUUGGCAGAUGCCAUGCACAUUCCCCACCUAUUCAUUCAGCGCUCAACAGCUGGGACCCCAAGAAGUGGCUGUGGCCUCACCAGGAGCAACAGGAAUGAUGAUUAUACUCUCUCGGUUCGUCCACCUGUCUACUUGAAUGAGGUUAUCCUAAGAGUGGUCACAGAGUAUGCCUGGCAGAAAUUCAUUAUAUUCUAUGACAGUGAAUAUGAUAUCCGUGGAAUACAAGAGUUUUUGGACAAAGUGUCUCAGCAAGGAAUGGACGUUGCACUUCAAAAGGUAGAAAACAACAUCAAUAAAAUGAUCACCACUCUCUUUGAUACCAUGAGGAUAGAGGAAUUGAAUCGCUAUCGAGACACUCUUAGGAGAGCCAUCCUUGUUAUGAAUCCUGCCACAGCCAAGUCCUUCAUUAGUGAGGUUGUGGAAACGAAUUUGGUUGCUUUUGACUGUCACUGGAUCAUUAUAAAUGAGGAAAUAAACGAUGUUGAUGUACAGGAACUUGUAAGAAGGUCAAUUGGAAGGCUAACGAUUAUUCGGCAGACAUUUCCAGUCCCCCAGAAUAUAAGUCAGCGAUGUUUCCGUGGCAACCAUCGAAUAUCUUCAACAUUGUGUGAUCCAAAGGAUCCAUUUGCUCAGAAUAUGGAGAUUUCAAACCUUUACAUAUAUGACACAGUGCUUCUGCUUGCUAAUGCUUUUCAUAAGAAGCUGGAGGACCGAAAGUGGCACAGCAUGGCCAGUUUGUCAUGUAUCAGGAAGAAUUCAAAGCCCUGGCAGGGUGGGCGUUCCAUGCUAGAGACCAUCAAGAAGGGUGGAGUGAGUGGUUUGACUGGAGAGCUAGAAUUUGGAGAAAAUGGAGGUAAUCCCAAUGUCCAUUUUGAAAUUCUUGGAACCAAUUACGGAGAAGAGCUUGGCAGAGGUGUUCGAAAACUUGGGUGCUGGAAUCCUGUCACAGGUCUAAAUGGGUCACUGACUGACAAGAAACUGGAGAAUAACAUGCGUGGAGUGGUUCUACGUGUGGUAACUGUUCUGGAAGAGCCUUUUGUAAUGGUCUCUGAAAAUGUCUUGGGUAAGCCGAAGAAAUACCAGGGCUUUUCCAUUGAUGUUUUGGAUGCCUUAUCUAACUACCUGGGUUUUAACUAUGAAAUUUAUGUUGCACCGGAUCAUAAGUAUGGAAGCCCACAAGAAGAUGGGACAUGGAAUGGCUUAGUAGGAGAGCUGGUCUUUAAGAGAGCUGACAUAGGGAUUUCUGCUUUAACCAUCACCCCAGACCGUGAGAAUGUGGUGGACUUCACAACACGGUACAUGGACUACUCGGUGGGGGUUCUACUCCGAAGGGCUGAAAAGACUGUGGAUAUGUUUGCCUGUCUGGCUCCGUUUGAUCUCUCUCUAUGGGCCUGCAUUGCUGGAACAGUCCUUCUGGUGGGUCUACUGGUCUACCUCUUGAACUGGCUUAAUCCUCCACGGUUACAAAUGGGAUCAAUGGCAUCUACUACACUCUACAACUCCAUGUGGUUUGUGUAUGGAUCCUUUGUACAGCAAGGUGGGGAGGUUCCAUAUACAACCCUGGCUACCCGAAUGAUGAUGGGGGCUUGGUGGCUAUUUGCUUUGAUUGUCAUCUCAUCAUACACAGCAAACCUUGCUGCUUUCCUUACUAUCACCCGCAUUGAAAGCUCCAUCCAGUCUCUUCAGGACCUUUCCAAGCAAACAGACAUCCCUUAUGGCACAGUCCUGGACUCUGCAGUAUAUGAGCAUGUCCGCAUGAAGGGAUUGAAUCCUUUUGAGAGGGACAGCAUGUACUCCCAAAUGUGGCGUAUGAUCAACCGAAGCAAUGGAUCAGAGAACAAUGUCCUGGAGUCCCAAGCAGGCAUUCAAAAGGUAAAAUAUGGAAAUUAUGCUUUUGUAUGGGAUGCAGCUGUAUUGGAAUAUGUGGCUAUCAAUGAUCCAGACUGUUCAUUUUACACCAUUGGGAAUACCGUUGCUGAUCGGGGAUAUGGAAUUGCAUUGCAACAUGGCAGUCCUUACCGAGAUGUCUUUUCACAAAGGAUCCUGGAACUUCAGCAGAGUGGCGACAUGGACAUCUUGAAGCACAAAUGGUGGCCUAAGAAUGGCCAGUGUGACCUGUACUCCUCAGUGGACACAAAGCAGAAAGGAGGCGCCCUGGACAUAAAGAGCUUCGCGGGGGUCUUCUGCAUCCUGGCUGCGGGGAUCGUCCUGUCCUGCUUCAUAGCCAUGCUGGAGACCUGGUGGAGCAAGAGGAAAGGCUCCCGGGUCCCGUCCAAAGAGGCUUCAUCCCUGCAGAAUGAAACGACAAUAUCUGAAAGAAGGAAUGCUUGGCCCCUAAAGCCAUGUUUGAAACUUGGCAGCAAUACCUGGAGAAGCCAAGCCUCUAGCCAUGGCUUGCACCAAUCGGCACAACGAGGAGGACCUCUGGAUGAUCCAUAACCUCCGCAAGCACCAGAGCUGCUGAGCUCUUUCCCACCUUUGACUUCAGGACCCAUUAGAUCCUGAGUACCCCCAACUGGUGAGCUGAUACACGAUCUCCUAAAUUAAAAACUCUUCUUCAGCUCAAGGGAGCUGGACUCACCAGGUGGUGACACCCAGAAAUCCUUGUUCCAAUUCACUCAGAAGAGUACAGUGGGACUGGACUGCUGCUUUCAGAAAUAGGUCAUGGGUCUUGCCUUAGCCAGCCCAUUAGCCUGAGAGGGAUACUGUGCAGCAGACUUUUGGCCUGUGCAUCCUGUUCCAGAAAACUCACACUGAAGUCCAAGUUGGCACCACGGUAGUUCUGUCCUCAGCUUCUACCUGUUCAAGAUUCGCCACAAUCUCAAAGUCUGGGUCUUGGGGCUUCUGAUGGCUUAAGGAUCCAGGGAAUGUGGAGGACCAAGGAGAAUGUGCCUUGGUAGAACUUAAUCAGAAAAAGAGAGGCCUCUUUCAAUGCUUGUGGAAUCUGUGAUUGUGUUUAGUCAUUUUUGGAGAUUUUUGUCACAGAGUUCUCUAUAUUACUAAAACAAUAUUAUCUUCAUAUUUGUCAAAAUGGUCCACCUCCCUCCAUGCCGAGAGACAUUGCCUUCCCCCCCCAGUGCUCACCAAACACGUACAUAGUGCAUGGAUUCUUGGCUAAUGUGGAACCUUCAGUUUGAACCCACACCUAGCCGAUUUGUCACUGUACACAAGAUCAUUUGGAUGAUGUUAUUACACCCUGGAACUGCAGUGCCUGUGUAUCCUACCCACCACCAAGAUAACUGAGUCUUCCCUAUGCCCACUCCCACAUUCACCUGAAUAGUUGUUCCCUACAAAUAAUCGCUUACCAGUAAAAUAGGGAAGCAUCACAUGGAACAUCCAAAUCUCUCGUGAACUCCAAUUUUUAUUGAAGACCUACUAUGUGCCCAGAACUGUAUUAAAUUCUGGAAAUAUAAUGAAGAAGUCGCAGUCCUCGCCCUAAGAGGUUUACAUUCCAAGGCGCGCAAGUCAAAUGAUUCAACCAUCUAAUGAGUGCGGUGUGAUGUCGGCCAUGGGAAUUCCCUCCUCUCUGCUCCUCGACCACCCAGGGAGCCUGAGCAGACUCACAAAUGAUCUUCUAAUAUGCCAAAGCAACCCACAAGAUUAAAGCCAACAAGCAACAGUCCCUGGCAGAGCCCCUGCCAGUGGUGAUCCAAUGGAUUCUGUGUUACUUCUAAACCUCCUGGCUUUUAAACUAGUUAAAUGUUCACUUCCAAGCGCCUUCCCCGAUUUGUCAUCAAACUGGUAACCUUCACAUUGUAGCUCCUGGGCAAAAAUCAGGCUGUGAAGCCAGAAGACAGGACUUUGAGUUUGGGUCCUGGCACUUCUUACAUUUAUGGGCAAAUCACUGAAACUCUCUGGUCUUGGGUGUCUGUCUUUGCAAAAUGAAAAUUUAAAACAUUAUAUAUUGAACCUACCUCACAGGGUUGUUGUGAGAAUCAAGUGGAAAUGUAUGUGAGAGCACUUUGUAAACUGUCAUUUUUAGUCACCCCAUCUUCCACUGUCCUUCAUUCUCCCUCUCAAAUUCAAUAGGAUAAUUUGCCAGAAGGAGACUUACCCACCCUCACCCCGUGUAAGAAGACCAAGUGCAUGCUCUCUUGGCUCUCUGACUUCAGUACAGGGAUUCUGAGGCCUCACAGAAUGACAAGGACAUGAUAAGAGGACCAAAGCUGGGGCCAUACUGCCAUACAGACAUUGUACCAUUCAUGGACCAAGUGACUAGACUUGGACUCCAGCCAGCCUUCUUCAUAGUAGAUUGUCCCCAAGUCCUAUCAUAGCAAACUCAUUCUUGGCCCCAGAGAACUAAUCAGACUGUGAAGAUUUAAGGAGUCACCUGGGCUCCAGCUGCCAGAGGACUUACCAGUCAUCCCAGUUGAGCACAUGCCCCCAAGAAUAGAGAGAGACUGUCUUUAGGAGUUAGUGACCCAAUUUUAAAAAUGCAAGGUAUCGCUGAGUGCCUAACACCUUAUAGUUGGGCUAGCAAGAGAAAUCCUAGAUAUUCAUUUAAAGCAAGGAUUUGGUGACACGUUUCUUCUUUUAGCAGUUUAUCCCUCAGACCAACCUGGCUCUUGCCAGCCACUCUUAUUUUGAUUUGUCUACUCCUGGUCUGUUCAACAGACCCAUGAUAAGAUGUGCUCCUGGAUUACAAGCAUUAUAUAUGUCCCUCUAAUACACACACACACACACACACACACACACACACACACACGCGCGCGCGCACCAGUGGAACAGGAAAGAAUGCCACUAAUUUUUCUUAUCUACCCACAAGGCCAAGCCCUGACCUGGUUUUCCAUUUGUGAUGGUUCAGUAUGGGCUCUGGGUUGGCUGAACUAAGCUGAGUUCAGUCUGUUUGGCACAGUCCUAUCCAGCCUGGCUGGAAACUCUUAACUCCAUUUCAGUCCUGUGCAGAAGCUUCAGUAGACUGCCAGGGGAGCUAAUGAUACCAGCAGUCCUUUAAGGAAAGCAAAGUCUUUCUUCUUAAAAUCCGCCAGCUUCUCCAAAACUAAGAGCAUAUAUGCCUGGGCCUCUAGGAAUAGCAUAAAAUUUCUACAAAAGUUCUCCCAAGUGAGUAGUGAUGAUUCUGUACUAAAGAUACGAUAGAACUGGCAUCUCAGUAGCUCCCAAAUAAGGUUGUAAGCCUAAAAAAGAAAAUUUCCACUGUAAUCCAUUCCUCAAGUUCCUAGAGCAAAGAAAAAGGAAUAUAGAAAAAAAAAUUUUCAUUCAAUGCUGGUAUCAGUUUACAAAAUAUUUUUACAUGGGAUGGACAAUAAUUUACACUCUCCUCCUGAUGUAACCGAUGUAAGACAGUACUUCAGUGAACUGAGAAAUACCCAGAUCUUUUCCUAAGACUAUAAUAUUAAAAUUUUGUUUUUAAUUCCUAAAAUAAACUUAAACAUGUUUAAACAGUGUCUUCUAUUGUAGUUUACAGUCACCACUUGAUGUGGGAAGGGAGCCAGAGAGACUCAGAGUACCACCACCCAAGGUCAGAGGCACUGAGCCAAAGGAUCCAGCACAGAGCAGGCCCAAGCCAGGAAGGAAAGCUGUUGCUGAAAUGACAGACCACGCAUAUGAAACAGGAUGAUCUCCAGGUCAUGGUGGCUGAGAAAGAAGAAUAGACAGAUCCAAGUUGGGAAACAAAUUAAGAUGUUAGAACAGGUAUUGGGGUGAAUGAGACUGGGCAGGAGAUGGAGUCACCCACCCCCAUAUGACAUUUGUCUUACAGUAGCCUUUCUUGUGACUUGCAAUAUUACAUCCUAGUUACUUUUUGAGAAGUAAAAUCCUCAGUAUUAAUGAUGUUGCUUAACGUAGCCAAUGGAAAAUUUUUAAAAAAAAACCCUUCCUUACCCAUGGAUGUGCUUUUUACUCUCUUGGUUGGUAUAAUUUUUCUUUUUUAGAGAUUUUUAAUUUGUUCAUAAAUCUUUGAUAAAUUAUUUUAUCAAUAAAAUUUUGUCAGUAAAUAA